CAGGCGGCGCCGCUUCGCCUGCUUAAAGGGGCCGCGUCGCUGGAGUGUCCUGUGGGAAGAGUGCAAACUUGAACCCGCCAUGGUGUAAUCAGCCCACAGCAGUGGUGUGAUGAUCAGCCUUUAGCAAAACCUCAAUUAUCCAGAUUUGUCCAGGAGCUGCUGUUACUGGGAACAAGAGCAGGAACUGCAAACCUCUUACUUCAGAAGCAUUUAAUGGCACAUCAAAUCAACUGACACCGGCCAGUAGGACUUAGAAUUGCCAAAGGGCUGCAACAAAGGAAGUGGUUUGUGUGAUGGUUGUGGUUUAACAGCCACAAAACUGUGGCAUGCAACUCUGCUUGAACUCAGAAGAGACAGUUUGGGUUCAUGUUUUGUUCCUGAAGAAUCAAGGACUAGACAAGUUGCCUGUCAUCACAAAUCAUUUAUAGACUUGGAUGAUCACAUCACAUCUGAGAGCUACAGUUGGUGGGCCCUAUACAAACAGUUCUGUUUCUGGCUAGAAAUGUAGCCCUGCUGCCCAGACAUCUAUCACAGCAAGGUUACAAGUUACUUUGGGAAGCGGCAAAUCUAAAAGGCCCCUGGAACAGGUUGGAAGUCCAGGGAGCUGAUGUCCCUGCCUCUGUCUCUUUCCAAGGAACAGUGAUGGAGUUCACGUGCAGUGCAAAGAUGCUUCCCUUUGCGUUUAGGCUGUAGGAUGUUGGAGAAUCACGAGGAAGAAACCAACAGCAAAGCUUUCACUGCCAAGACAUCUUGUGUGCGCAGACGCUACCGGGAGUUCGUGUGGCUGAGGAAGCAGCUUCAGAAAAAUGCUGGCUUAGUGCCUGUCCCAGAGCUGCCUGGAAAAUCCACAUUCUUCGUGGGCAGCGCUGAUGAGUUCAUUGAGAAGCGGAGACGAGGGCUCCAGCAGUUCCUAGAGAAAGUUGUACAAAAUGUGGUCCUCCUGUCGGACAGCCAGCUGCACCUCUUCCUGCAGAGUCAGCUGUCUGUGCCUGAGAUUGAAGCAUGCAUGCGGGGCCAGAGUCCUCUGACAGUUACCGAGGCCAUACUCCACUAUGCUUUGUCCAACUGUGGUUGGGUGCAGGAAGAAGAUGGCUGCUCUGCUGUCCUGACUAGGGGAAACCUCCACGGCAGCUGCUCUGGGUUGGAAAGUCUCUGUGGUCGGGGCUGCCUCGUGUCCUUCCCACAGUGGUGUGACUUUGGCAUGGAAGACAAGAAUGUGGAGAGUCUGGAUGCUCCUGCCAAGUCACUGCCUGAGCUGCUGGAGACAGACUUCCAGAUAUGGUUUGAAAAGGUUCCAGCCUCAGCAAGGCAGUCAGGAUGUACUGGGAAGCCUAAAGGAGCAGCAGCUGUUGCUGGACCCAGAGCUUGUCAGGACCUACGUGCAAAAUUUAAAUGACUAAAUUAUAAUAUCAGCGCCUUUUGCACAAGAAUGUAAACUUGUGACUGGGACCACCUGAAACAUAACAAUAAAGUUAAUCCCAUCUCUGGCUUUGGUAUCAAGUACACCCUAUGCCCAACUACACUAAAUUGAUUAUGAAUAAAUUCCCCUUUCAAAAUGAUUGCCUCUCCCUUGUUAUCACAUUCGUCACCAAUCUAGGUAUCUGUGCCAGUUGGAAAAUAUUUUGGGAUCUGCCCUGUUAUAACAAUGACCUAUACAGUGCCUUACAAUUCAUGGUCUAAGGUGCUCAGUUCAAGUAAUCAAGUCCUACUGCAAUUAAUGGAGUAGUAAACCUCCAGCUUAGGGUGCUGGGCUCGAGCAAUCAAACCAUACUAUAGUUAAGCAAAUAAGAAACCUCCAGAGCAAUCAAGGGUUUUUGUGCACAUCAGUUUCACCCACAACAACCAGAGAUGGAUCCAAAAGGCUAACAUUUACAACACAACCAAAGGACAACGACCCUCCACCCUGUCAGCUUUGUCUUGACCCUCAUCUUCAACCCAUCAAGAAAAUAUGCUUUGAAGAAACAGUAUAAAGCAAGACAGAACUGCCAGCAAGGUGCGUGCAGUCCAGGGAAGACCAAGAAGCCAUCCUGCCACCCAGCCAACAAGCGAAGGAUCCAUGCGUUGAGGCUGUACAAGAACUGCUGCCUGCCUGCAUUGGGUAAAGAUCUCUUUGCAGCUAAGACAAUACUAGGACUAAUAGCUCAUUUUAUAUUG